UCCGGCUUCCGGUGUCAUGGCGGCCUGAGGUCCCGGGAGUCGGCACGGCUGCUGCAGGCCCCUCCCUGCGGAGCGGCGGGCCGGCGGGGAUGUGAGGGGGAGUCGCGUGGCUGGCGAGUCAGUGCCCCGAGCCCACACCAUGGCGGGGUCCGGCUGCGCGUGGGGCGCCGAGCCGCCGCGGUUCCUGGAGGCCUUCGGGCGGCUGUGGCAGGUACAGAGCCGCCUGGGCAGCGGCUCCUCUGCCUCCGUGUAUCGGGUGCGCUGCUGCGGCACCCCGGGCUCACCCCCCGGCGCCCUCAAGCAGUUCCUGCCCCCGGGAACCACCGGGGCUGCAGCAUCGGCCGCCGAGUACGGUUUCCGCAAAGAGAGGGCAGCGCUGGAGCAGUUGCAGGGUCACCGGAACAUCGUGACUUUAUAUGGAGUCUUUACAAUCCACUUCUCUCCAAAUGUGCCAUCACGCUGUCUGUUGCUCGAGCUCCUAGAUGUCAGUGUUUCGGAAUUGCUUUUAUAUUCCAGUCACCAGGGUUGUUCCAUGUGGAUGAUACAGCAUUGUGCCAGAGAUGUUCUGGAGGCCCUUGCUUUUCUGCAUCAUGAGGGUUAUGUCCAUGCAGACCUCAAACCACGCAACAUAUUGUGGAGUGCAGAAAAUGAAUGCUUUAAACUGAUUGACUUUGGACUUAGCUUCAAAGAAGGCAAUCAGGAUGUAAAAUAUAUCCAGACAGACGGGUAUCGGGCUCCAGAAGCAGAGCUGCAAAACUGCUUGGCCCAAGCUGGCCUGCAGAGUGACACAGAGUGCACCUCUGCUGUUGAUCUCUGGAGCCUGGGAAUCAUUUUACUGGAAAUGUUCUCAGGAAUGAAACUGAAACAUACAGUCAGAUCUCAGGAAUGGAAGGCAAACAGUUCUGCUAUUAUUGAUCAUAUAUUUGCCAGUAAAGCAGUGGUGAAUGCCGCGAUUCCAGCCUAUCACCUAAGAGACCUUAUCAAAAGCAUGCUUCAUGAUGACCCAAGCAGAAGGAUCCCUGCUGAAAUGGCGCUGUGCAGCCCGUUCUUUAGCAUUCCCUUUGCUCCUCACAUUGAAGAUCUGGUGAUGCUUCCUACUCCAGUGCUAAGACUCCUGAAUGUGCUGGAUGAUGACUAUCUGGAAAAUGAAGAAGAAUAUGAAGAUGUUGUAGAGGAUGUGAAAGAGGAGUGUCAGAAAUAUGGACCAGUAGUUUCUCUGCUUGUUCCGAAGGAGAAUCCUGGCAGGGGACAAGUCUUUGUUGAAUAUGCAAAUGCAGGUGAUUCCAAAGCUGCUCAGAAAUUGCUGACUGGAAGGAUGUUUGAUGGAAAGUUUGUUGUGGCUACAUUCUACCCGCUGAGUGCCUACAAGAGGGGAUACCUGUAUCAAACCUUGCUUUAAUCAGUAACCUAAGGACUAUUUCCUGUUUCUCCUCUUCCAUUUCUUGGAUUAUUAUAUUCCACAGCUGAAUGCAGGAGCACCCCUUUACCCAUUUGAAGGGGUACCUUGUACAUUUAUUUAAUCUUACUAAUGUGCAGCCAUUGACCACAGUGACUGCAUUGCAAACAUUGGCACUGAGUAGGAAAAGACUUCUCAGCUAUACAUUGAGGGGUUUUAGAGCAUCCAUGUGGGCACCCUUUUUUUGUUCUGUAGGGCAGGUGCUGCUCUUAGUAUGUAACCUAAAAAGAUAUUAUUUCCUGUGAUGAUGAAGCAAAGAUGAAUAAUAUGUCAUAGUGAAUAUUAUUAACAAAUUUAUUAGGGUUGGUGACAUCACUUACAGAUUAUUCAUUUGUCUUGUCAGGUGGUUUUCAUUGUUGAUAUCCUAGCUGGCACUGGAUGCUCUAAUAAUGCUAAGUAUUUGUCAGGCAGCAGUUACCUACCGUGUUCUUAACAAUGAGUUGUGAACUUUUUAAAAGGAGUACUGUAGGACUUAAUAUUCCUUUAAAGAAACUGCAGUGAGCCUAUCAAUGUUUUUUUUUUAAUUAUUAUUAUUAAGGCUUUUAAAAUAGAAAGCUGAUGCUUGAUCUUGCACAACUUUUAUGUCUAGUAUGUAUGUUGAGUGAGUGUGUAGGUAUGAAAGAGUAGAGACCAUUUGAGUCAGUGUACUUUAUAGUAUGAUUCUUGUGAGCUAACGCAGUCUGUGUCCAUUUCUUCCCUACCUGUUUCAUACCUGUAAGACUUAGGUUAGAGGUGGGGGGUUUUUUGUUUAUUUGUUUGGUUUUUUUGCGAGUUGGUCUGACUGAUAAAAUGUAAACGACAAAGCAGUUCAUUCUUGAGAGGCUCAGAACAAACUGGAGUCUAGUCCAUGGUUACAUUGAAGCUCUUCAAGUGACCGGAAUUACAUUGAAGCUCUUCAAGUGACCAGAACAAAGCUUUGGUACAUGUAAAUUGCCCCAUUCUUCAGUCUGCUUUAGACCCCAGAUUGGCUCAUCUCUUUUGUACUGAAUCCUCUAUUAUUGUGAAAUUCUCUCUCAAGAGAAUCACUUAAGAUCUGAUUCUCUCUACUAUGAUGGAAAGUUGAAGUGGAUCAGAAAAAAAAAAAAAAAAAAAGAUGUACAGUGAAAGGACAAGAAGGUAGAUAAUCUAAGGAUCCUUUUUCUCCCUCUGUCUUAUCCACUGCCCUGCCAGCCUCAUCAUCUCCUCCUCCCAUUCUCUGUUCUUAACUAGAGGAAUAGAAGCCCAAGUAGUCUGGCUUUUGACUAAGGAAGUAAAGACAGACUUAGGUGUGGUAAAGUGGAAGUUAGAAAGGAAGAAAAGAAAAAUUCAUUCCUAAAAGGAUCUGUAGCAAUCUGACGUGUCCUUGUGGGCACAGACUGACUGGUUUUAAGGGUUGUGAGUGUGGAUUCUUCUCACUUUGUAAUAGAUGGCCUUAAAGGUGUAAAACUUAAGAAAACUUUGUAAAGCACUGAUCAUGCAAAAAAUCCACAGAUUGUACACAGGUUAGGAUUUUUUCCUAUUUCUUUACCUGAAUGAAAAUUUUAUUUAUUUUUCCUUAGGAAAGAGUUUUGUUUUCAUGCUGGCAGCCUGCUUACAUGAUUUUCUGUUGUCCAUGCUGUACAGGUUCCUGAAAGAAUUUGCAUUUUAGAUCAUUAAUUGGUUUACUCUGCUCAAACACUCACUGUCUGACACUUGUUAUUAUAAUCAACUUAAUAUUUAUCAUGAAGCCAAAUUUGGUAUAAGGAGACUGAUGGAUUACUAAAGGGUCUUGUAUCAUGGUCCCCAAUAUGUGCCCUUUAGAAAGAAGAAUUACUAUGUUCAUUUCGACUCUUUCAGGGGUUGAUUGGGUGGUUGGUUUUCAAGUCACAGUUGAAGAGAGCAGAACUAGUAAAGCUUUCCUAAACGUAAAUAUUUACAUGCAUAGCUGCUUCUGUGGUCAUUAGAAACAGGCCCUUACAUCCCUACUGAUGAACACAGGGUACAAAUGAAUUCUUUUUAAGGGCAAGUGUGGUUAACACAUGUACCUCUUCCCCAUCUCUUAAAAAAGAGAGAUCCUUGCAAAUAAACUGCAGAUAGGCUUCCCAGCUUCGUCAUGCAGUAUGCUGCUAACCUUGAUGCUGGACUUCAGCAUUCUUUGAUCUUCAUCUUAUUGUGGAUGUAGUCAUUCAUAUAUGUAGUGUUUAACACUGUAGAGUUUUACUAUAGAAGAUGCUAACUAGGUUUUAAGGGAACUAAGGAAAUAAUUGAUGAGCCUAAGUAACCAUACAUUGAAACAGAUGUUUUAUAUUAAAGCCACAGAACUGGAAAAAAAAGAUAUUUACUAUAAUUUAAUCCACCAUUUUAUAGCUCUUAAUCCAUUCUACCAAAGAGGAUAUUUGUAGAUUCUCCCUCUCUGAUCUUAUGAGAAAGUUCAAUACCUUCUUUAAACUGGAACCAAAUAUUACAAAAGAUGUACUUUUCGCCAUUCUUUUGUGAUAAAUAUGUGCACAGGAAUUUUGCACAUAUCUUUGAAGUUACAGAAAACCUAGACAUUAUCUUCCUUAAAGGGUAAAGAGGUGAAGGUUCGUGUCACUUAGCCCCUAUCUCUGGGGGAGUUUAUAUCUCAGGUAGCUUUUCUUUCCCUAAAUUAAUAUCUGUGCUUCCUUCCCUCUCACCUUCCCUGCUUCUUCCUUUUUCCAUGGUACUGCUUUGGCACAUUUUGCCCCACAAAAGGCAUGGAAAAAGAUUGUUCCCUGGGAAAUGUUGGGUUCUUCAAAAACAUUUGAAAGAGGUGACUAGUAGGCACUAUUAAAACUCUAAUGCUGGGUUUGAAGGAGAGUAAUAGAGUUGGACACCUCAGGAGGGGAGGUGUUAGCUGCACUUGUUACCACUGGAUAUCUUCCUUAUUUUGUGGCUGUCAACAUAGCCGCUCUCUUCAGGAAAUUCCCCUUUGUGCAUUCCUCGAGCCAGAAUUGUGGAUGCUUGCAGAAUACAAGUGACUGGUAGAGUUUUACUCAUCCAUCUCUUUGUUUUAAUUGAGAGAUGUGUGGCCUUCUCUUUGAUUCUGUGGCUGCUAAACAGUGCUGAGCUCUGUUAACCUGCCAGCAGCAGUGCCACCAUCUAAAAGGUGCAAAAAAGCUGGCAUGGGCUUCUUUGUCUUGUCACACUGGAUUCCCCUCCAGGAAGGGCAUCAAGUAGGGAAUAACUCGAGAGACAGCCCUCAUCACAUGCUGUUUCAUGGCUCUUAGAGUUCGUUGAUGAAAUGCACGUGCCUGACAUUUUGGCUUUUUUUUUUUUUUUUUUUUUUUAGUUCUCACUUGACUUAUGCCUAUCGUAUAUAGUUUUUACCAUCAAUUAUAUGUGGCAGCAUGGCAUUUUAUUUUUUAAUAAUUAAUGAAAAUCUGUACCAUCGUACCUGAUGGUGAUUAGAACAACCUGGGUACUGGUUGAGGGAGUCAGGGCAACUCUUAGUAACCACAUUUUACCCAAAUUCUUAUGCAAGGGCACAUGCUAGGUGGUUUUAAUCAGAUCAGAGUACAGAUGGAACCACAUCAAGACUUUUAAUCUGGUGAAUAAGUAGCUAGCUCAAGUUUUGAGCAAGUGCCUGGUGUUUCCUGGAAAAUAAUAAAACUCACCUGAGUGAAAGCUUCCCAGGUAAUGAUUGCUUUUUUCUUGGAAUAACUUGGAUUGAGUCGCUUGAUACAAAGGUUCAGAAUGUCCUUGCAGUACCUUUUUGAAAAAUAUGUGUAAAACUAUUCGUACUUGAUGUUAUUCCAAUAUUGCAUGUUGAUGGAAAGGCCAGUUAUCUGAUAAAUCAAAUUCUUCUCAGAUCUAUUUCCACUUGUCAGGUUCCAUCAUCAAAUCUUAUUAUUCCAGCUCUCUAUUUCUUAUUUUACAUGGUCAUAUACAGACCAGUUCUUGGUUAUAGUUCAAAAGAAUUCUCAUUUCUUCUUAAGGUGCUUAAUAAUUUGCCUUUAUUUUGCAAUGAUAGUCUUUCAAGUUGUAGCUAAAUCUUGAGUCUCUAUCAUAUAGAGCUUGUCUGAGUAUGUUUAGAUUUUAUAUUCUUAACCACAGAGAAACACAGAUAUUUUAGUUAUUAGAGUGCCCCAAAUUUGAAAGGCUUAAUUUUAAGUUAGUUUCUUUACCUGAUAUCAUGGGAUAUAUUAUGGUUUUUAUCCUAGCCACAUCCCCCUGAUGGUUUUCACUACAUUUAAAAUUGUGUGGUGACCAACAGCUUUGUACCUGGUAUGCAAUUGAGAGGUACUGGGUAGUUAAGAAGGUAAAUAGUUUAAACUAUUUUUGCUGUGAUUUUUAUAGGAGAAAUGAGCUGCCAAUGAAAUAUAUGUAAGCUAGAGAACAUUCAGGAAAAGAAGGUUUUUGAGAUAGGGUUUCUCUGUGUAGCCUAGACUGGUCUCCAACUCAGGUUUUUCCUGCCUCAGCCUCCUGAGUGCUAGUAUCAUAAGUAUGUGCCACCAUGCCCAGCUCUUUUAGAGGGUUUUAUAUUUUACAGAUGGUCAUUAAGAUUUUCAGGAUGUAAGACAAACACACAAAGUUUAUACAGAUUUUGCUGUCCUGAUAAAAAGUUUAUUUUCCUGUAGCCCAGCACUUUUCUUCCUUGUAGUGCUUAGGAGAAUUGUUGCUUUAAAUUUGCUUUAUUUGUGCCUUUCAAAGAGUUCUCAUAAUCACGGUGGUUGUGUUUGUUGGCACUGUUAUGAAUGCUGGCCAUCAUGGGAAACUUCCCAAAUGAGGAUGGCUGCCCAUUAAAUUGGCUGGCUGGCUGUCAUAGUAACAAGAGGAAAAGCUGGUGGCUCUUUUAGAAGGCCAUGUAUAUUUUGUGAACUGAGUUCAUGUAUUUUAAUGUGAAGGCAAAGAGAAGCAUUCUUAUUUGCCUGACAUGGCCAUUCAUCUCUGUCAUGCAGAAGACAGCUGACUUUGCUGUACUACCCUGUAUAAUGAAAAUAAGUUAUAUUCUGAGAAAACAGCUAGAAUUGUUUGUGCUUUUUUGUUGAUUUUUUUUUUUCUUUUUGAGAAACUCUUAUGUAAACACCAGAGCUACUGCUACCUUUAGCUACUGAUUAUCAGUGAGGAUUGUUGCUAGUCACUUUUAAAAUCCGAGCUGGAAUUGCUUUCCUCUUCUCUGUCAUCCCCUCUUAAUAAUGUAAAUGAUACCAGGACUGCAUAAAAGCAACAUGCAAAUGUGUUAACUCAAUCUCUUCAGUUAUUUGAAUUAUCUUUGGAGUAUUAUUUUUAUUAGGGUGGGUUAUCCAAAGACUAUCACAUUUAAGGAUGAGGAAGAGAAAGAUUUAAUAAGAAUAGAGAGAAGGGGGAAGAACACAUCCCCCUUACUGACAUUAAUAAUCUUCCCGUGUUCACAGUCUAAAGAUGACAUUGGUUUUUUUAAAUCCACACUUGGUACCUGUAGUAUACAAGCAUUGCCUUUCUUAACAUUCCCCGUUCUUGUUUCACAAGGAAAUUAUUGUCAGGGUUUCUGAAACGAGAUUAAAUAUCCAUAUUUAGUUUGUCCUAACUUUUAAAGUAAGUAUCUGGGUUCCAGCCUUUGUGUAUUUGGUGUUCACACCCAUUCUUCACAUCAAGGCUCAGAAAGAAACUGGGGAUCAGCCACCUCUGUUUCCUUUUGCACAUGGGGUACAGUGGAUGGCCUUAGUAUGCACUAGCUGCAGAUUACAGCACCUUAUGCAAAGAUGUGUAAGUAGUAUCUAUUUAUUGUAAUAAAAUCUUAAAUCUGCACUUCUGUAGAUGAGCAGAUGAGCAGAGUAUAAAACUGUCACAUCCUUUCCAGUGGGAUUUACUCUUCAUUCUUAAUUAUUUUUGAAAAAUCUUAAAUAAUUUAACAUUCCUGAUAUUCUCCCAACAGUGUUAAAUCUGAGGUAGAAGGUUUUUUGGGGGCUUUUUUUUGUUGUUGUUGUUGUUGUUGUUUCCUAAAAAGGGCUCCAUCUUUGCUAUCUUUUUAGCAGUCUUAGAAAUCCAUUUAUGAUCAAUGCAUUUUAAUAGUUUCUGGUCUCAAGACUGUGUCAGCACUGGAGUGGUUAGCUGUCAUUAUAAAAACCUACUGCUAUUUUCCCUUGGAAACAUGCAAUUUCUGUUUUUGACAUGGAAGUUCUGGUUGAAAAAAAAACAUGAAAGAUCACUUAAACCAAAGCCAGUUCUAAGGAGUGUUCGCUCCUGUUGGUUUACCUUCACCUCAGAACUACACGAACAUUACAGUGCACAGUGAAUAAUUGUCUAGAACAUUCUACCAGGUGUUUCAAUAGCAUAUUGGUCUUGGCAUUUCUUGACACUAUGGUUCUGUUUUUUGUGUUGUCCUAUUGUUUGUGAGUUGUUUGCUUUUUAACUUAGUGGGACUAUAAAUGUAUAUAGAUGUUUUAGUACCAAGAAGUUUUUUUUCAAAUCCCUAAAUUUCUGAUUUCUAUUUAAGUCUUUCAAACCUCAAUUUUCUUGCUCAGUAGCAGAGAACUUUUAUUUCCACUCCUUUAUACCUAAAAAGUAUGAGCACUGCGUUUCAGUGGACUGUAUUGCGUACUUUUUGCUGAAAACUUUUUCUGUAAACACAAUUGCCUUGUUCAGUUUUGUUGUAAACUGACUUUCCAUAAGAUGCACUGUUGAUGCUUCCUGAUGUGUGUUGGAUAAGAGUGAUAAAAAUAAAGCUUAAACAGAAAAGAA